GAUUAUUCGUGAUUACGCGUGGCUGAGGGUCACUUUGAACUCGGCAUUCAUGAGCGUGACUAACAACUGUUGAAUAGAAACAUCGCCUGGAGGUCAUCGGCGUCAAAACAGCGGAGAAACAAGCCAAUGUGAUGGUGUACGACAGCAGCUGCUCUGAGGGUGAAACGCAACAGUUGAGCGCGCACACACACACGCACACGCACACGCACACACAGCUGCUGCUCCACUGACUUACAAACACUGCUCUGGACUGGAGAAGCCAAAAGAAUGAACACAAACGACGCCAAGGAUUACCUCUCCAAACGACAGAUCCCACACCUUUUUGAGAGCAUGUUAACAGGACUGAUGUACCACAAACCCGAGGACCCUUUAGCAUUCUUGGAGAUUUGCCUGCAGAAAACACGAGACCUCGGGGGUCCUGAAUGUGUGGUCUGGGAUACUUUCAUUACACCUGAUCGAAAACCUCUUCCGCCAAUCACUCCGGCACAGGGGAAGAAAGCUCCCUGCAAACUCGAUGGUGGUCCUGGUCCUGGACCCGGGCCUUACCGCCGAUAUGACCGACUGCCUCCAAUCCAGGCUCAGUUCUCCAUCGAAAGUGACUCAGACAUGACUGAGUCCUCCGGGCUCAUACAGGAGUACGACGUCUUUGACCCUUCGAAACCACGACCGCACAUCAUCUUCAUUAUAGGUGGACCAGGCAGUGGGAAGGGCACUCAGACAGCUAAAAUCGCACUGCGCUAUGAUUUCGAGCAUGUGUCUGUUGGGGAGAUUUUAAGGAAUCAGUUGCUUCAUCAUGCGCCCAGUGACCGGAAAUGGGAGCUGAUUGCCCAAAUCAUUGCCAAUGGAGAACUGGCACCUCAGGAGACGACUAUUGAAGAGCUAAAACAACAGUUCAUCAAGAAACAGGAUGCUAAAGGAUUCAUUGUGGAUGGUUUUCCUAGAGAGAUCUCACAGGCGUUCACUUUUGAGGAGCAGAUUGGGUCUCCAGACUUGGUGAUUUUGCUGGCCUGCUCCAAUCAGCAGCUUCGGCAGCGUUUAGAGAAAAGAGCAUCUCAGCAGGGCCGUCCUGACGACAAUUCUCAUGCUAUUGAGAAGAGACUGGACACUUUCAAACACAAUAUCAAUCUCAUAGCCAAGUACUAUCAGGAGAGAGGACUUAUUGUACGGGUCGAUGCCGAUCGAGAAGAGGAUGACAUUUUCACGGACAUUAGUGCCAUCGUGAAGGAGAGAUUGUUCCCUAGCAGCACAAAUGCAAGCGGCACUGAGGAUCUUUAGAUGGACGUGUUAACAUCCAAACCAAUGGCUGCUGCCGUUAAAAUCAACAUGAUUUCAAAUCAGCCUGCCAAAUGUGUUUUCUUCAUACAUAAACUUCAGGGUCAAAGUCGAGGACCAAGGACACAGGGUGAAGGAAAUGUACAUCAUUUAAACUUACGUUGUUGCCUAUAUUUGUAUUGCACUGUGAAUUUUCUCUGUAAAACUUUUCAAGUAAUUUAAUAUAAUUUUAAUAACUUUUUUUUCCCCAAAAUGAGCUGUUUCUGAAUUUGAAUGUCAUUCCACUUUAUUGUUGUUUCACUUUAUUCAUGUAUAUUUGGAGCUCAAGCCAGAAAUAGUGCAAAAAAA